CUGAUGGUGGUAGCUAUGCCACGGGCUCGUUAUCUCUCUGUAGUGUAGUAAGAAAUUGGCUGUGUGCUAUUUGAAACGAUAGGGGAAAUAUACGUUUUGCUGUGUUUAGAGAAAAUUAUUAUAAGUUUUAUGUUUACGAGUUUAGAGUGUUUAAUUUAGUAUGGAAUUUUCUUGAUAAGCUUAAUUUAGUCGUACGAAAUUAAGAAGUUAUUUAAAAAGUGAUAUUGGACAAGGCAUUAAGAUGGAACUUAUAGGACAAAGUUUGUCAGAAGUUGUGUGCAAUAUGUGUGCGUUCCACAGAAAGUUUUUAACUAGAAGGCGAAGUAAUUACGUCAAAAUGGGCGCAGUUUAUGCGGCUUUUGUGAUGUGUAUAUUAGCAGACAUAGUUGGAUGUUAUAAUUUAGAUUUAGAGACGGUCACGGUACAUGCGGGGGAGAGGGAUAGUAUGUUUGGAUAUUCCGUGGCACUUCACGAUGACCAAGGCUCAAAAUGGUUGUUGGUAGGCGCCCCACGUGCUCCCACACGGCAACCCGGCGUCACGCGGGGCGGGGCAGUCUACAGAUGCCCGCUUGACAACCGGCUUAACUGUCAGCAGAUACCUUUCGACACUAAAGGCAAUGAAAUUCGACACAACGGGACCCACUAUCGUGACGUAGAAGACAAAAGUGACCAGUGGUUUGGGGCAUCCUUGUACAGCUCCAGCAAUGGUACCAUCGUGGCAUGUGCCCCUCGUUACGUGUAUUUCUCUAGCCGACUGGACAAGCGAGAACCAGUUGGGACAUGUUACGUUGCCCGACCCUCGUCAACAGACUAUGAGGAAUACUCGCCAUGCAAAUCAAGAGUGGACGGCUUGCCGCUGAUACGAGAUCAAACGCAUAAGCAGGGUUACUGUCAGCUUGGGUUUUCUGCGGUGUUAACCUCUCAAGGGAGGCAACUUCUGAUUGGUGCUCCAGGCAGCUGGUACUGGCAAGGUCAGCUAUUCAACUUCAACUUUGAGGAUGGACCAGGGAGAUACAAGUCCACACCAGAGGGUCAACAAAAUGACGACUACUCUUACAUGGGGUACUCGAUGGCAGUUGGACAGUUUGAUUCCGAUGAUAUUGAAGACUAUGCAGUUGGAGUACCCAGGGGCAGGCAACUCCAGGGCAAAGUUGUGCUGUACAGACAGAAUCUGACCAUCAUUGAUAUCAUCAGGGGAGAGCAGUUUGGCUCCUACUUCGGAUAUUCACUAGCUGUAACUGAUAUUGACAAAGAUGGACUUGAUGAUGUGAUUGUGGGAGCUCCACUGUUCUCUGACUACAGUACGGACAACACAUAUGAAACAGGCCGAGUGUAUAUCUUCUACCAGGAUGCCAAGCGGUCUUUUACAAAGCGUAACAAGGAUGUUUUGGAUGGACAUGACUCUCAGUCCAGAUUUGGUCUGUCAGUUGCAGCCAUAGGGGAUAUCGACUAUGACAACUAUAACGACAUAGCGGUAGGUGCACCAUAUGGAGGCAAAAACGGCCGAGGAGUCGUCUACAUUUACCAUGGCAGUAUGAAGGGAAUCAUAACAGAUGUACAACAGGCCCUCCAUGCGGAUGAUGUUAUACAAGAGGGAGCAGAGACAUUUGGUUGGUCACUGGCUGGAGGGAUGGACAUGGACGAAAACAAGUAUCCAGAUCUCAUGAUAGGGGCGUAUAACUCUAACAGGGCUGCUUUGGUAAGGAGUCGUCCUGUGGUACGUGUGACCCCGACCAUCAGUGUGGACCCUGAGAACAUUACAUUGAGCUCGGAGAACGAGAUCUGCGUCAUCAACAACGGGGCCACCAAAGUGCAGUGUAUCACAGUGAAUGUGUGUAUUCUGUUCAAUGGUGUGGGUGUGCCCGACCAGAUGGAUUUCCAGAUGAACAUCACGUUUGACUCCCUGAAGAAUGACUCGAGCCGCAUGUACUUCCUGCAUUCUGAGACAACACGGGAGGAAAGCAAGGUGGAGCGGGCGUACAAGGGCGUACCCAAGUGUGAACGAUUCUUUGGGUACCUUGUGAAAAACAUUCGUGACAAGCUGACCCCUAUCGUAACAGACUUCAGUUUUGACAUCGUUGACAAGGCUGUGCGCAGAAGUCCAAGGGAGGUGCGUCCCAUCCUCAACCAGAGGUCACCUACCACCAUACAUGCUGAGGCCAACAUCAUGAAGAACUGUGGCCAAGACAAUGUGUGUAUUCCUGACCUCACCAUCACCGCCAUGCACACGCACGACUCUUACACACUUGGCGAGGAGAAGGAGCUUGACAUUCUUGUGUUUGUAACAAACAAAGGAGAAGAUGCGUUUGAGUCCAUCCUCAAUAUCACUGUACCCGAGGGCGUGGAGUUCAGGAAAAUCAAGGACAAGAAAUAUGAGAUUCCAAUCUUCUGUAAUGUGUUCAACAAAUCAUUCAUAUCCUGUGAUCUUGGUAAUCCACUGCCUGCAAAGUCACGGACAAACUUCACCCUUGUUGCCUUACCCAAGAACAUCACUGGGAAUGAGCCGGAGAUGGUGUUCAGGAUUGCGGUCAACAGCUCCAAUGCUGAGAAUAUUUCUGAUUAUCGGAACAACGUAGCUGAGAUUAAGAUUCCCCUCCAGCAAGCUGCCAACCUGAGAAUUGGAGGAAAACCCGUACCAGAGCAGUUUGUGUACACCGAGUCUGAUGUUCGACAGUAUCGGCAAAAAGGGGUGCAGGGGCCGGUCAUUGAACAUCGAUACUUUUUGAAUAACCGUGGCCCAACUGGCGUGAAGACGGCCAUGUUGACCAUCGACUGGCCAGGUCAGGAUGAGAAUGGCCUCAACUUUCUGUAUAUGGACCAGACGCCCAUCGUUUCCAGACCAGAUAUCUCCUGUAUACUGCUCAACAAAACUUACACCAAAUAUUCAGAGGGCCCUGACUCUGACACUGUGAUAAUUGACCAGCGGGAUACAGGGGACACAUCUCAGGUAAAACGCCACAAAAGGGAGGCAACCGGGCAAUCUACAGGGGAUGAUACUCCGGAUAAGAGAGAUGUACAGACAAGGGCUGCCAGGGAACUUAAGACAAUUAAAUGUGAGGAGGGAAAGCUUGGCUGUGUCCAUGUACAGUGUACUAUUGGGGAGAUCAAGCCAUAUCAGAGUGUCAACAUCACCAUCAGAGCAAAGAUCUGGACCAGCACAAUUGUACAUAAAAAGUUACAGCAGCCAUUUUACUUCGUAUCCAAGGCGAAGGCUGAGGUUUUAGCGAUGCCGUUUAAGAUGAAGAUAGCCUCCAGCACUCUCUCUUUGUCUGUAAAUGAGAUAUCAACAUAUGUAAACCCUGAAAGAUUACAUCCGCAAAGGAAAGGUAUAGAACCAUGGAUUAUCGGAGUUUCCAUAGCAGCAGGCCUUCUUGUUCUACUGUUGUUGAUUGUUCUACUGUGGUGGUGUGGGUUUUUCCGUCGCCGCCGACCAGAGGAGAGAGCUUUUCUUACAUCAGCAGCUCAAAAUGGGGAUUUUAGUCCUGUCAAUGAUCGAGUGCCAGAUUCUAAAUACAAAUACACAUAAUGACAGGUAUAAUCGCUUAAUAAGACGGCUGAAGUUUGGAAUUUUGUCUCCAUAAUGGGAUGCUUAUUUCUGAAAAAAAGCAUUCAAAAGUAUGCUUGACAGUGUGACAGAAUAGAGGAAAUGUGUUAGUGUGAGCUGCAUGUAUACAUAAACAAUGUCUGAAUAAAAUGUACAUGACAAGUGACAGAAAAAUUAGUGGGCUACAAAUAAGUAGGCUACAUGUAUACAUAAGUAAUUGUAUACAUAAGUAAGUGGGCUACAUGUAUACAUAACUCAGUGUAUACGUAAGUAAGUGGGCUACAUGUAUACAUAAGUAAUUGUAUACGUAAGUAAGUGGGCUACAUGUAUACAUAAACAAUGUCUGCAUACAACAUACAUGAUGGAGAAGUAUAGAUGUGUUCAUCUGUUUACAUAGACAAUUACACUUGGUCGAUGAAUACCGCACACAUUAAAGGUCUGCAAUGAUUGGAUCGUUAGUCCUGCAGACCUAUUAUCUCUAGGCAUUGUUUAAUGUUGCAAUGUGCUGAAAAUCCAUCAUAAAUGGACACAAUAUGUGCCUGUGAUUUUAAGCCUUAUCAAGCAGUGUGUUGAAAGUGUCAUUAUGGCAUACUCUCCACAGUAUGACAUGUAGAUUUAAAACAAAAUCUAACUGACAUUCAGCAGCUACCAAAGUUCUUUUAAAAAAUAAUAUGAUUGCUGAAAAUUGUUUAUUUAUUUCUUAUUGAUUCUUUCAGCAGGACAUUAAUAAAGUUAUUAAGCUGCAUUGUUUUUGAAAUGAAUGGUAUGAAUAGUGACUUACAUAUCAUGUAAGUUUCGACAUUUAUGUUUAACACCCUGGUGCUGUUGUUGAUAAUGCUUUUAUAUAUGUGAUGUUCAAUACAUUAUUCUGUAAGUAUUUUUCAUGUUUAUGACUCUGUGAGUUUAUUGAAAAUUUAAACACCCAUUUAUAAUACAUAUAUACGGUAGUUACAAUAAGACAUGAGAUCCCACUGUCUGUUAUGAUAGCAACAGACAGAGUAUAUACAAGGUAAUCCAAUGAGUGCCAUAAAGUAUAUGCACAUGUUCAUAAAGUAACAUUGAUUAAAUAUGUGGACAUCAAUCAUCUAUUGCUCAUAUGAAAAAUGGCAGUAUGAAAAAAAUAAGAAUUAAGUGUGUGAGCGUUAAACCCUUAAAAGAAGAACAUGGCAAAUUAAAGAAGAUAUUUUUGGCACAAUUUGAAGAAAUUCAUGGCAAAUAUAUUGGAUGGACGCAAUGUAAUUAUGAAAUUGCUGAUAACAUGAUUUGUUGGAUGACAAAUUUACUAUGUAUUUCAUUUUAUUUAUUUAUAAUGUAUUGUGAUAAUAUAGGCAAAGUUUGUUGUUGUAUAUUCAUGUGAAAGUUAUUGUUGUACUGUUGUAGAAGUUGAAGAUAAAUAGAGUUGUCAUCUUGAACAGUUAACUCAACAAAUUUUCAGAUAAUCUGGUGUAUUUCAAAAAGAGGUCCAACUAUUGCAUUUGUUAUAGAGCUAAUUCAAGUUUUUGUCGAUGUGUUAUAAUUGUUAAAAGAAAAUCAAUGUCUGACCGUAUAAACUGUUAUAGGCCUAGUUUAAGGAAUGUUUGGCAUGAUAAUCCCCUGCUGUGCAUCCCCUGCUAAUUGCACUGGUGUCACAGUAGGGGCCAAUUUCCUGUGUAUUCGUUUAUUGGCUCAGGGCCAUUUAGGGUCCACUUAUAUAAUAACACAUCCAAAACUGCACAGUAGGAUACUCAGAUUGGAGAUCUGAUAAGACAAUUAGGCAAUACGAUUAAGAUCAAUUAACAGAGGUUGUAAACUAAUACAUGGUUUGGGGGGGGGGGGGGGGUCACUUAUAGAAGGCUUAAACUAGGCCUUUAACAGGGUCCUUAACACCUAAUGAAAAUACUAUCAUUUGACAGACUGUUUUCUAGCUUAAUGUUAAAUAGAUUAUGUAUACUUCUAAAAAAUAUAUAAUUCAUUCAUACAUUUUAGGAUGAAAUUAAAUUGGAUAAAAUGCCGUCAUCAUUUUCACCACAAUUAUUUCAAAAUGCUGUACAACUUAUAAUGCUUGCUUGAGUGACUAUUUGGUCAAAGACCAAUGAAUGUUUUGACAUUAUUCAUAAAAUAGAUAGGUAUUUGUUAAAAAGUUAUUUCCAUAUUCACAUAUUGAUUUUUCUACGAUUUCACUGCUUUAUUGGAAAAUGGAUAUUAAUGUGUGUCAUUUUACUUGUUCCAUCAUUUAUUUAAAAAAAUAUCUCCAACAUUGAACAUUAAUUUACCAUAACAUUGAAUCAAAAGCUUUAUUGUAUUUAAAGAAUCAAUUUUAAUGCCUGAAAAGCCUUUUUCAUUUUUUAGUUUAUUAUGUUUUUGAAUAGGCGUUUGUUCAUUUAGUACCAGCCUUUAUACUGAAUAAUGUAUUGUUUUUAUGGAGUAGGCUGUUUUUAUGCGGUUGAUAAUUUAUAAACUUGUAUACCAAUUGAUUAAAUAGAAGUUUAUUUCCAGGAAUGUUUGAAAGCACAAUUAAAAUGUCAUGGAGUAGAAUAAAACAUAUUAUACAAAAAACCAACAUCAAUAAUAUUGAUUCGUUAAUAUGUUUUUAAGGCAGUUUUAUUGUAAGAUUAUUGUUAAAAAGCUAGGCAGUUAUAAAGCUUGCAGAAUUGAUAGAGAAGUCAACAUGUUCAUUCUGUAGAAAUAAGAGACUUUAUAUUAUAAUGCAAAUAGUUGACCCCCAAAUCAAGUCAAAACAUUUUUAGUAAUGGUUUAAGGUUAUUAGAAUUUACUUAUAAAAAUAAAUGCCUUGUUUUGAUGCAAAACAGCCACAUAAACAUUUGUUGUGUAUUUUAUUGUAAGACCAUUCUCAUGCAAACUUUAAAAACAAUUGUGGUCAACAUUUUCUUGUGUAAACUAGCUACUAAAUACCUGCUUUAAAUCAGUAUUGACUGAUUGCUGAUUUACUGAAAUAAAUGUUUUGGCAAACUUGAGAAAUACUGCCUUCUCAUUGGUCAAAAGAAAUUAACAUUACAUUAACAAGUCAAUCAACAUGUUAUUACACAAUGUUCUAAAAAUUGAUGCACACUUUCUUCCUGUACUCCAUAGUGAUGUCAAAUGUAAAAGAAAUAUGUUUAUAUGUAAAAUUAUUCUAUGCAUUUUGUAUUGUUUUGUCAUUUUAGUAAUAAAGAUAUUAUUAUAUGUUUGUAAA